AUGCCGAGCACCGGACAAGGUUCAUUGUGGGAAAAUUCCCAGCUACUUAGGGCCCUGAUGCCGCUACAAUGGUUCUAUGCCUGCUGCGGGGUGGCUUUGCCACCGAUUUUGAUACAACCUCCCCGAAAAAACUCCCCAAAAAUCUUCGCUCUUCUAAUAUGGUUCCUAUUUUCCCUCUAUGUGACCCUUUUGAAUAUCCUGGUCUCCUGGAUGGUCUGCAAGAGUAAUGAAAUCCUGGAGCAAGUUGUGCAACUCUAUAUUCUCGAUGAGGUAACAAAAAUCCUAACUGCCGUUCAAACCUAUGAUGUCGUGGCCGUGCAAUUGGCAAUGCUGUGGUGCAUCUUUUGUAAACGAAAAACCCUGAGGGAGAUCCAUAAAAUUGUGGCCGAACUGGAACGCGAUAUUUGCCUAUUUGAAAAAUCUCUGGAGGAUAAAAGCGAGGAAUUUCAAAAAUCCUGCUACCGAUUCCGCCGCAGACUCUUCAGCCGAUGUGUAGUAUUUUUAAUUCUGCACAGUUUCCUCCUGGGCUAUGCCAAAUUUCCAUUGGUCUGGUAUUCCCUUUCGAACUUUGGAAAAUUGCUAAUUUUGAUUACCUUCCACCUGAUGCAUGCUAAGUGUUCGGAAUAUCGCAUUAUGAUGCAGUUACUCGAUGAAAUAAUAACUGCUCUUUUAUUCUCCCUCAUGAAUUUAAAAUAUGAAAUUGCUCGCCAUCAAAUAUUGGGAAGUUGUGGUGCGAUCAAGGAGUCCAAGCUCCAUGAAAAACUGAGGUCGCAUCAAUUCCUUGUCGCUCGUUAUUGGUAUUUGAUAAAACUGGUGGAAUCCUAUUUUGCCCUGCCUAUGCUGGUACUUUUCCUCUAUAAUGGUAUUAACGUUGUUCACAGCAUUAAUUGGAUAUAUGUGCGAACAUUUAUUCAUAUGCAUUUGGAUACGAAGCAUCCAAAUCGUGCCAGUUAUAUUAUUUUGCUAUUUAUUAAUAUCAUGUGGACCUGUUGGCUAAGUCAAAUAUGUAUUGAUAAGGUGGGUACUGGCUAUCAACAAAUGGCCAACAUUUUACAUAGCAUUAAAUUACCGGUCAAUGAUUUGUCUUUAAGGCAUCGCCUUCGUGAAUAUUCCCUGCAGUUGAAGCAUCAGAAAAUUCAGUUUUCCUGUUGGGGUUUCUUCGACAUCAAUAUGAAAUAUUUUGGUUUGAUGUCAUUGGCGAUAUUGACAUAUGUCUUCAUUCUAUUACAAUUUAAAAUGCAAGAGCAAACUGAAAAAGUUAAGAGAUUGUAA